UGAUCAAGCUGCCCAAAGUUCUCUGUCAUCACAGUACACAAUAUCUACAAGCAGGAUGGAGCCCCUGAGUGAAAUGAAAUCUAUGGUGGGAACGCUGAGUGUUCUGCAAACUCUCGAAAGCCUUUUCCUGAAUGCUGAUCAGAUGCAGGAUUCCAAUGACAACCUGGAGGAGCGGGUGCUCAGGUGGAGGCUGCUCAGUUGGCAAAUGAAGUGGCUCAACACAGAGCGUCUGCGCGUCCUGCAGCAGUUGCGUCAGACGUUGUUCCAUCAGAUGUCCGUGGAGCAGCAGAAUGCUGCGGCUAUGAGGCAAGGAAUCCAGGAGCUGCGUCAGGGAUUAAGUGGAAUCAACAACAGGAUUAACACGAUGUCCGAGGACUGUAAUUGCCCCAUAUGCCUUUGUCCUUGGACCGGGCAAGGCAGACAUCGCGUGGUUUCCCUGCGAUGCGGACACCUUUUCGGGAGCAACUGUAUAAGAAUCGCCAUCCGAAGAUUCCAUCGGUGUCCAAUCUGCAGACGCAGGGCCCGACACUCCGAUGUUCGCCGCAUCUUCAGUCGACGUUUCUUUCCUUAGUUUCGGAACUCUUACGGUUUCAGAUUUUAUCAUUUGAUUCUUACUGUAUUUUAAAUUUCCAAUAUUUUAUUUUAUCUAAUAACUGCGUUAAUAACAAA